AUGGUACACAGCGGCCCUGGACCAGAAACUCCAGGCCAGCCCACAGCCCCUCACAGAAACUCCAGGCCACCCCACAGCCCCUCACAGCCCCCACAGAAACACAGCCCCCCACAGCCCCUCACAGAAACUCCAGACCACCUCACAGCCCCUCACAGAAAUUCCAGGCCAGCCUACAGCCCCACAGCCCCCACUCAGGCCAGCCCUCACAGAAACUCCAGGCCACCCCACAGCCCCUCACAGAAACUCCAGACCACCCCACAGCCCCUCACAGAAACUCCAGGCCAGCCUACAGCCCCUAACAGCCCCCACAGAAACUCCAGGCCAGCCCACAGCCCCUCACAGCCCCAAACUCAGCCACAGCCCCCACAGAAACUCCAGAUUAACCCUCAAAGCCCCCACAGUAACCCAGGCCACCCCAAUUAG